UGAUUGGAAGGAGACCAGAGAACCUCAGUCAGCUUUAAACUCUCUGAAACAUGAUUCAAGAUGUAAGAAACCAUUCAGCUGCUCUGAGUGUGGGAGGAGUUUUGAUCGCAAGCCACUCCUGAAAAGACACAUGAUGACUCACACAGGAGAGAAGCCUUUCAGCUGCUCUGAGUGUCAGAGGAAAUUUUGCCGCAAGUCAAAUUUGGAAGAUCACAUGAAAACUCACACAGGAGAAAAACCUUUUAGCUGCUCAGUUUGUAAGCAAAGAUUUGGCCACAAGUCAACUCUUAAAAAACACAUGAGAAUCCACACAGGAGAGAAGCCUUUUAGCUGCUUUGUUUGUAAUAAAUCUUUUACACAGAGUGGACAUUUACAAAUACAUCUAAGAAUUCACACAGGAGAGAAGCCUUUUAGCUGCUCUGUUUGUAAUAAAUCUUAUACACAGAGUGCAGAUUUACAGAAACACACGGCAGUCCAUACAGGAGAAAAACCUUUCAGCUGCUCUGAGUGUCAGAGGAAAUUUGGCAGCAAGUCAAAUCUGGAAGAUCACAUGAUAACUCACACAGGAGAAAAACCUUUUAGCUGCUAUGAGUGUGGUAAAGCUUUUAUUGAAAAAGGAAACCUGAAGAGACAUGUCAGAAUCCACACAGGAGAGAAACCUUUUAACUGCUCAGUCUGUAAAAAAUCUUUUACACAGAGAGGAAGUUUACACUCACACAUGAGAACUCACACAGGAGAGAAACCUUUUAGCUGCUCAGUCUGCAAAAAAUCUUUUACACAGAGAGGAGAUUUAUAUAAACACAUGAGAGUCCACACAAGAGAAAAACCUUUCAGCUGCUCAGUCUGUAAGAAAUCUUUUACACAGAGUGGAAGUUUACACUCACACAUGAGAGUCCACACAAGAGAAAAACCUUUCAGCUGCUCAGUCUGUAAGAAAUCUUUUACACAGAGUGGAAGUUUACGGUCACACAUGGCAGUAGUCCACACAGGAGAGAAAAGAUUCAGCUGCAGUGUUUGUGAUAAAAGAUUUGGCUGGAGUUCUGAUGUCAAAACACAUAAAUGUGUUGGUCAUAUAAACACUGAAGCUGAUGGGGAGGACUGUGGAGGACCAGAACCAGCCAGGAACUCACAUCCACUUUUACAACCAGAGACUGAA